AACCUUCCAUUAAACUUUGGACUGAAUGCGGGGGACGUGGGGAGUUAUUGGACGGUUGCUCGUUUCUGCUUGUGGGUAGCGUCACUAGUUGUGAGGCCCCAGUCAACGCCACAAUUGAUCAAAACCGGCGCGUUGCCGACGAGCUCCGUCAUUUGUGUUUAGAAGUACGAUACGGCAAAAAGCUGUGCGACUGUACGGUGCUAACUUGAGUACUUUCUGCUGAACGAGUGUUGAACGCGUAGACACACACACGGUGAGAGAACUGUUGGAAUGCGAUUUGUAUAGCCGGGCCCGAGGUACAGUGUGUCGCCUGCGAUAGUGUUUGAAGACGUGUUUGGCGAGUUGUUGUUCCCGGGGAAACACGGACCAGUGGAAUUGUCGACACUGAAGGAAGCACCCCGCGAUUUUCAUACGAAGAGAAGCGUACUAAGCUGUCGGACGAGUUUGUUGGUAACUUUUUGGAGUUCAACUGGAAAAGAAGGUGUUUCACGCCCACAGGAUUGAAUCGACCCAACAGUGCAAGAUGCAUAAAUUUCUGACAGUCGUGGUGUUAAUGUCGUUAGUCCUGGCGGUGACGAGUGAGUCGGAGGAAUCGAAAAGGGCAAGGAGUUGCGGAAUGAGAGCCGGAAGUAAAGGUGGCCAAUGCAAAAGCAACACAUCAUUUAUAAAAAGAAUUUAUGAUGCAUACAGGCGAGAUGGUGUGGACACAGAUACGCCCGAAGAGCGCGGCUGGGGCAAUCUAGAAGCCGAACGGCGGGCCAACGAGGCUGCGACGGUCGAGGAGAAGUUGCGACUGCUAAACGAACUACUGGACGAAUUGGAACUCUACGACAACAACAUGAAGUAAAACACAAACCAGCACUGGAAAAAACCUCCUUUUUUGUUUGUUCCCUUCUAAUAAUAAAACAAUAUGUCCUAAUUUUGGUGAAAAAAAACCCAAAAACACUGAAACACGUAACUAUUUGAACUAUUUGAAUUUUGUUCGCCGUACAAACUGAUUGAGGGCAUAUAGGAUACUUUGCAUUUGUCCACAAGUGACCUUGAGAACCAUUAUCAAAAAGCUUACUUGGAUUUAAGAUCGUACUGGUACUAAACACCCCGUGAACUUAUUGCG